CUGUGUCCCUCGGACACAGUGGAUCACCGAUCAACGGAAAGAGCCGAAGAUGUCGGCUCGGUCAUGUGAUCAGCUGUGCCCAAUCACAGCUGAUCACAUCAGUGCCACCUGUCAGUGUCCAUCAGUGCCAGCUGUCAGUGCUCAUCCAUGCUACCUGCCAGUGCCCAUCAGUGCCACAUCAAUGCCACAUAUCAGUGCCCAUCUGAGCUGCCUUUCAGUGUCACCCAUCAGUGCCAGUCAGUGCCACCUAUCAAUGCCAGUCAGUGCCUCCUAUCAGUGUUGCCAAUCAGUGCCACCUAUCCUAUCAGUGCCCAUCAGUGCUCAGUGCCUAUCAGUGCCAGUCAGUGCCACCUAUCAGUGCCAGUCAGUGCCCUAUCAGUGCCACCUAUCAGUGCCAUAUAUGAGUGCUGCCUUUCAGUGCCCAUCAGUG